GUCAUUUGAACCUGUGUCUAAGACCUCCUGAUUAGUUAGUGAUGACACCCCAUAUGUGAACUCUAGCAUUUAGAGGCUGCCAUCAUGGUGAAGAGAUGAUAGGGAUUGAGAGAAAUAGCAUGCGCAUCUUUCGCAUCAAAUUGUCCUGACCCCACUGGUCGAGAGUGAGUGAUUCAUUUUCAUUUUCUAUAUGCUCUUGUACCCCGGUGAGGACCUAGAUUGCUCGGUCUCUAUUCUGAUGUCUUGAGUUGAAUGCAUGAGUUGACUGUUUUGAGUAAGUGGUUGAAUCAAGUCUAGGUUGGCCAGUGAACAGAAGGGAGACUCUUCCUUUACUCGAUUUGCUGCACUCGAAUGUCCUUUGUGGUGGUUGUCCAGGUUGUUAUUGAGGUUGUGCAUGUAUUGAUGUUUGAAAACCAGUGCGAUUCACGUGUUCUGUGCCUUUAUGACUUGUCCCCAAUGUUGGUUGAUUGAAAUGUGUAAGCUUACCUAGUGUCUGACUUGGUUUACUUGGGGACAAGCAAACGGUUAAGUGUGGGGGAGUUUGAUAGACCGUCAUUUACACAUGUUUUUACCCCCGUUCUUACACCGUUUGAGGUGUUGAUUCUCGUGUUUUAGGCCGAUUUCACGCUAGGUUGUGCUUGUUUGUGAUAUUUCAGGUCCUAGUACGUGAAUGAAGGCUUAGGAGCGAGUCUGGGGUCGAUUGGACGAAGAACGGACGAAUGGCGAGGUUUUUGGGGAGCUGCACGGGCAGACCAGGGAGGCUGCACGGCCGUGCACGGUUGCAAGCUGGCCGUGCGCCUCAUGCCGGGGAGCUGCACGGGCAGGCCCUGAAGAUUGCACGGCCGUGCACCUGGCCGUGCAAGAAGCCUGAGUUCGACUUAAGGGAUACGCUGCGUUUCAUGGUGCACGGCCAGAAUGGUGAGGUGCACGGCCGUGCACCCUGGCCGUGCAACUCGGGAAACCCGGUUUUAAAGCCUAAUCCGAGCCAGAAGUGAGAGGACAGUGUUUUUCAAAGCAAAAACAGAGCCCUAGAGAGAGAAAGUACGAAGAACACAUCCUAGAAGCUGUCUUAGAGCUGGAUUUCAUCGAAUCGAGCCUGGAGAUCGUCAUAGGAGUGAAAAUCAUCGUCCCGGAGCAGAUUAUCCUCAUCGUUAUGAGUAUGACUAAUCCGAUUCUUGUUUUCUCUUCUCUCUCUAUGGAGUAGAACCCUUCUCUCACUUGGGGAUGAAGAACCCUAGUUCUAUGUGUUAGGGAUUGAUUGUAAUGACUUGGGAUGAUAUUACUGUUUGGUUUUAAUCGAUUGAGACAUGCUUUAUUGAGUCAAUUGAAUCUUGAUCAAAUUCUCUUGAUUUCUGCUUUAACCUAUGAUAGAUAGAAUCUGAUUAGGUUAAGAGAGCUUCCUUGAUUGAUAGUGGUGAAUUGGUUAUACGAGAGUUAGCCAGUUUACUGCUCUGUACUGGAAUCUAAUUCCAGUAGUGAAUUUCUGUUCUUACUGCUUCAGCUUUCUAUCCCGGUGAAGACUAGUCGUCUGCCGGGUAGUUAGACUGAGAGGGCUUGGUCAGCUUAAGAGAUUCCAAGCUACUGCCGGAUCUUCCGCAGUCUAAUCAACAGUAAAUCAACCCAGGGAAUUGCAAUUGAACCUAACUAAGGAGCUAGGGGGAUUCAUUCCCGAGUGACUCUUUCCUGCUUAAGAAAACCGAAUAAUUUCCUGCUUUAUUUCUGCUUUUAGUUUAAACAACAAUCACUUACUCUAGUUGGCUAGAUAACAGAGAAUCACUGAGUAAGCAGUAGAUCUAGACCCCGGGUUGAUAAUAUAACUUGCCUGUUACUGCAUUCCCGGUCUGCGAUUACACUUGGUCGCAGAUUGGUGUUGUGUUUUGGCGUGUCACUAUUCUCCACCGAUAAUGAAGUAUAUUGAUCCUAUUCUCCACGGACGAUAAGUCCAUUAAGCAUCGAUUUGGGCCAAUUUAUUUUCAUAUGGCAUUUUUGUAAUUCUAGGGCGACGAAAGGCCAUUUUCUUUGGAUUUUGAAGGUUACAGAUCACGGAUUUGGACUGAGGCUACCCUUCAACGAUGAUAAAGUCCAUUAAGAACCGAUUUGGGGGGAUUUAUUCCGGGUCAAUUUUUGGCAGAUUCCAAGGGGUACCAUCAUAGAUUUCUGGAGAUUUUUCCGAAAUGUCAUUUUCUUUCAAUUCUGGAGGCUGCAGAUCAUGAAAUCGGGUCGAGGCUAUUCUCCACCGAUAAUGAAGUAUAUUGAUCCUAUUCUCCACGAAUGAUAAGUCCAUUAAGCACUGAUUUGGGCCAAUUUAUUUUCAUAUUACAUUUUCGUAAUUUUUUGGGCUACUAAAGGCCAAUUUCUUUGAAUUUUGAAGGCUACAAAUCACGAAUUCGGCCUGAGGCUAUUCUUCAACAAUGAUUAAGUCCAUUAAGUAUCGAUUUGUGCGAAUAUUUCGGGACAAUUUUUGGCAGAUUCCAAACGGGUACCAUCACAGAUUUCGUGUGAAUUUUCCGAAAUGCCAUUUUCUUCCGACUAUGGAAGCUUCAGAUCAUUGAAUCAGGCCGAGGCUGUUCACCACCGAUAAUGAAGUCUAUUGAUCCUAUUCUCCACGGAUAAUAAGUCCAAUAAGCACCGAUUUGGGCCAAUCUAUUUUCAGAUGGAAUUUUUGUAAAUUUUUGGGCGACGAAAGGCCAUUUUCUUUGGAUUUUGAAGUCUACAGAUCACGGAUUCGGACUGAGGCUACCCUUCAACGAUGAUAAAGUCUAUUAAGCACCGAUUUGGGCGGAUUUAUUCGGGGUCAAAUUUUGGCAGAUUCCAAAGGUGUAUAAUAACAGAUUUUGGACGAUUUUUCCAAAAUGCCGUUUACUUUCGAUUCUGGAGGUUGCAGAUCACAAAAUCAAGUCGAGGCUAUUCUCCACCGAUAAUAAAGUCUAGUGAUCAUA